CACAAAGCAUACUUAAGUACAAAUCUAUGCUCAAUUUUGAGAAUUUUCUCAAAUCGAAAAUUCUCAAAAUAAAUGGAGUUCACAAAACAAUUUGAGAACAUUUUUGUUCUCAAAGUUGAGAAAGUUCUCAAAUAUUUGAGAAAUUUCUUAAAUAUUUGAGAAAGCUGCUAAGCGUACUUAAGUCUAAAGUAGAAUGGCCGCCGUACGACGAUUUAGACGCUUGAGACGACGCCAACUCCCUAGGCCUCGAGUCUUCUAUGAAAGGGAUGACCCCUUAAACCGUUUAGAGGAUGACGAGCUUUUUGAACGUUUUCGGUUUCGUCGGGGGUCUAUCCUUUUCAUAGAAGAACAGGUAAGGGAAAGUAUUAAAUCCCCCACAAGGCGAAGUUGUGCUAUUUUGCCUAUGGUGCAAGUAUUGAUUUGCCUGAGGUUUUUGGCAACGGGUGCUUUCCAGUUAUUGGUUGCGGACACUCUGAGAGUGUCCCGCCCCACAACCUUCCGAUGCAUCCGGAGGGUUUGUUCGGCCAUCAUUCGGAAUCUGAUCCAUUUGAUAAAGUUUCCCGUCGGAGAAGAUGCUAAGCGUGUUAUGGAAGGGUUCAGAAAAAUUGCAGGAUUCCCGAAAGUACUUGGCUGUGUUGACGGAACUCAAAUUAAAAUUGCCACACCUAAUAAAAAUGAAAAUGAUUUUGUCAACAGAAAAGGAGUACAUGCCCUCAAUGUACAGAUGAUUUGUGACCCCAAAUUUAGAAUAACUUCGUUGUGUGCUAACUGGCCCGGAUCAGUUCACGACAGCAGGAUUUGGCGUCAGUGUGAAUUGAAUAACCAAUUUCAAAAUGGUAUUCACAAUGGUCUAUUGCUUGGGGAUUCUGGAUAUCCAUGUUUAACCUAUUUAAUGACACCUUUUUUAAACCCAACAAACAGACAUGAAGAAAAUUUUAACACCAGCUUAUGCAGAACAAGAGUUUUAAUUGAACAAACAUUUGGAAUUUUAAAAAGAAGAUUUGCUCUACUGCAUUAUGGCAUAAGAAGUUCUCCUCAGCAAGCUGUCAUUUACAUAACUGCGUGUGUAAUUUUACAUAAUCUUGGGAUAGGUAGGGGGGAUGUUUUAGUUACAGAUGUUGAUUUUUUAGAUUUAGAUUAUGACGGAAGUGAUGAGGCUGUUGCCAGUUAUAACCGCAUAAUAACACUGGAUGGAGUAAAAAAACGUAAUGAAAUUGCUACCAAAUUUUUUUCAUAAUUGUUUCAGUAUAGGUGUACAUAUUAAAUGUAAUAUCUACUUAUGUAUUCCUGCAUUUCCUUGAUAAUCUUUAGAGAAUACUCUUCAAAUAUUAUAUUAGUAAUUUUACUUUCCAUGAAUAUGUGUUAAAGUUUAUUACUCUAUCCAGUUACUAAAUGCCUCUAAAAGAUUAACAAAUGUACAUGACAUGUACUUACAACAAAUUUCAGUGGGGUGAAAGCUUAAUCUGUUUCAUUUAAAACUUUUAUAACAGUCAGUAAUUUUUAGAAUAAUAAUUUAUACAUGUACUUAUUAAGGGACAUAUAUACAUGUCAUGUAAAUGGCAGCUAGUUGAGGCGAACUUCUUAUACAGCCAUAAUGAAGUAGAGAAAAUCACAAAUUAUGUCAACGGAAUAAAAAGCCUUGUUAAUAAAAACAAAUGCAUUGAUACUGUUUCAUUCAUUUAAUUUAUUUCUUUUUAUACACAGAAUUUCAUAUUCUAUUUCCAAAUUUCUCCUUUGUUGUUUCAAUUUUUCUAUCUCUAAUUUUAUUCUUUCAUUAUCUAAUCUUAUGUUUUCUUCUUCUAGCUGUGUUAACCCUUUACAAACUGUAAAAGAUAAAGGUACAUUAUAGUAUUUGUCUUUAUUUUUUAUGAAAUUAUCAUGACAUGUAAAUUGACGCAUUAGGAAUUGUACCUUUUUGCCUUUUUGGUGUUGGUGUCAUUAUCGUACUAGUUUUAUCUGCCGAAUCUUCCUUAAAUGUACCAGUAGCUUGUUCUGUAAAUAAUUUGAAUAAGGGUUUAUGAUCUAUUAGGUAAUAAAAUAAAUUCUAUUUAUGAAAUUAAUCAAUUAAGUGAUAUUUAAAUAGUUUUCCAUUAUGUGUAAUUUGUAUAUUGAAUGUAUUAUAGAUCAAUAAUUAAUUCUAUACUUUACCUUCAAAUAAUAUUUCUAUAGGAUAUGUUAGUGGUAGUGUCGGUGGUAGUAUCUGUAGAUCUAAAUAGGAAAAUAUAUUUUAUUGUGGGUUUACUGAUUAUUUUAAAGUUUUAAGUGUCUAGUAUAACAUAUAUAUAGCUAUUGAUUAGUUAUUACUUUAGUAUGUAAUUUGUAGUAGUUACCAUCUGUAUCAAUACCAAAUGAAAGGCCUUCAAUUUGGGGUCUGCCCUCCAUUGUAUUUAGAAGUAGGUCUUCAGCAUCAGUAUAGCUUGGAUUCGGUCCCCCACCUGUUUUGGGCCUUUUCAUCUGGUCGAGUUUUUCUUUACCUUGAAAAGUUAAAAUAUAAAUUUUCAGUGACUGAUAUUUUAAUGGAGAUUUAUGCUAAUAAUAGUACAAUUAUUUAUAAAUAUUUAUGAUUUUUAAAUCUACAAUAAUUUCAUUACAUUGACGCUUUAAGGGGGCAUGAAUUGAUUUGGCUGAAAUUUUCAAGAUUUUCCAUUUUUAUUUUUUUAUAUAGUUUUAAAUCUAUUUUUUUAACUGUCAACUCCUUAUCUAAAUCUGAAACAUAAUGUUAGUUAGACAUACUUCUUUGUUUUAUAUUAUGAUACUUCUUCUUUACCUCUACUAUUUCCCUCUUUUUUGUUAUAAAUUGUCUGAAAUAGUAAACAAUAUUUAAAUGGUAGAUUUAGUUACACUUCUAAAUUGUAAUUUAUAGGCCUAUUUUGACUGUGAAUGUGAUAUUUAUCUAAUAAUAAUUUCUAUCACUACUAUUAUUAGUGUUCGGUUUAUUAUUGUAUGUCAGUAUCACCGUUUUAAUAAAGAUUAAAAUUGUUGAACUUUUAAUAUUGAUUUUAUUUUUGUGAAUAAAAGAGUGCCGAUAUAUAUCUAGCUGUAUGCACUAGCCUAGUCUAAAUUAUUAGAAGCUAAACUUACGAAUUCAGAGCAUCAACCACCUCUUGCCACCCAUUUUCUUUCAGUUUUGAAAUUUU